UCCUCGGCCUUGCCAGCUCUAAGGAUGGUGGACUCGGAGGGCGACGCUUUGCGGGGGACCUUCCCCAGCUUCAUGGCAGAAGGGACGAUGCUCAGCCAGCGAGGAGAGCUUACCAAAGCCCUCGCCUGCUACACCUACGCCCUGCAGCUCCAGCCAGCGGACAGGAACUGCCUUGUUGCCCGCUCAAAGUGCUACCUAAGACUAGGAGAUACAGAAAAUGCCUUGAGGGAUGCAGAAGACUCGCUGGCAGCUGACAAGGAAUUUACCAAGGGACUAUACCAGAAAGCUGAGGCCUUAUACACCAUGGGGGAUUUUGAAUUUGCCUUAGUCUUUUACCAUCGAGGCCACAAGCUUAGACCAGAGUUGCAGAAAUUCAGGCUGGGCAUUCAGAAAUGCCAGGAGGCAAUAGAAAAUUCUGUUGGAAGCCCUUCUUCUGUGAAACUCGAGAACAGACCGGACCUCUGCUUUCUGAGUCGUCAGGCAGAGGCCAGAAAAGCAAAACAGAAGCUUACUAUCAAAUUUACCAAAAAGGAUGCUAAAUACCUAAGUAAACAACAGGAACCUGUAAGAAAUGAGAAGACCGAACGGCAACUCCUUGGGGAACUCUAUGUUGACAAGGCUUUUCUGGAGAAAUUGCUCAAGGAUGAAGACUUGAUAAAAAGCACUACAAAGCAAGGGGUAACUGUUGGAAGCUUGAUCCAAGAAGGACUUUCCUACCUGGACACCCGCACGGAUUUCUGGCAACAGCAGAAACCUAUAUAUGCCAGAAUCAGAGACCGAAAACUGAUGCUUCAGAGAUGGACCAGGGAUCAAAAGCGGAAACCCUCUGAAGUAGCUAGAUAUAUCCUGAAAAGCAUGGAGGACAUUGAUAUGUUGCUCACCAGUGGUUGCCCUGGAAGAAGCUGGCAGAAAGCUGAGCAAGUACUAAAAAAGAUUCAAGGUUUUGAUGAUGAUGAGAUUCCUAACAGGAAUGAGCUGGUUGGAAACCUCUACAGCUGUAUUGGAAAUGCUCAGAUUGAUAUGGGAAACUUGGAGGCAGCUUUACUGAGUCACCAGGUGGACCUGGAUAUUGCCAGAGAAAAUAAUUUGAUUGAUGCUGUCUCUAGAGCCCUGGACAAUAUUGGACGAGUCUACGCCCGCAUGAAAAAAUACGAGGAAGCCAUUGAAACCUGGGAAGAGAAGAUUCCACUUGUGAAGAGCAAUUUGGAGAAGACAUGGCUGUUUCAUGAAAUUGGGAGAUGUUAUCUGGAGCUUGAUAGAGCCAUUGAAGCCCGGGACUACGGCGAGAGGUCUUUGCAAUGUGCAGAGGAGGAGGGGGACAUUGAAUGGCAGCUCAAUGGUGGUGUGUUGGUGGCACAAGCACAAGUGAAGCUGGAGAAUUUCCACUCAGCUGUUGCAUACUUCGAGGCGGCUCUGGAGAAGGCAAAACGUAUCCAUAAUGAUGCAGCUCGGCAGGCAAUCAUUAUUGCCCUGGAUGAUACCAACAAAGGAUAUAUCGAAGAGUUGAGAGAAGAGCAGAGACGUGAGAGGUUGCGUGAAUUGGGAGAAUUGGAAGAUGAGGAAGAAGAAGAGGAAGAAGCGAUUGCAGAAGAAGAAGCAGAAGCAGAAGAAGAAGCAGAAGCAGAAGAAGAAGAAGAAGAAGAAGAAGAAGAAGACAGCCAAAGAGAUAUCUAUGACUUAAAACCAGAAGAGGACACCACAGAAGAAGGCGAAGAAAGAGAAGAGUAUGACAUAACUGAGUCAGAAGGCGAAAAACAGGUAUCAAGCUCAGAGGGAGGAGAAACGUUUACAUCUGAGGAUGGGGAGAUAGAAGAGGGAGAGGGAGAACGGACUCAAGGAGAAUCUGAGGAGGAAGAGGAGAGACCAGGAGAAACAGGGGGAGAAACUCAGAGAACAGAGGAAGAUGACACAGAAAAGUCAAGCAAGGAUUUACCAGGAUGAGGCCUGUGAAAGUUUUGCUCAUAGGGACGCUUGCUUUUUAAGCUUGGAAUUGUUUCAGUUCAAUAUCUUUUCUACCUAGCCUACUUGUGGUGCUUUCAGUACCUUGAAAAUAAAACACUUUUCAGUUGAGAUUUUAGGGGAAUUUAAGAAAUGCAUAAUUUUAUGUAAAACACUUGAAAAUCUAGAAUUUGUCUAGGUUAUUCAGGAAUUGAUUUGGCCAUUAAAGAUAUAUCAAAUGUU